AUGACAAAAACUGAAACUCAAUGUUCUUUGUGUCCAUUUCGACAUUUCAUGCAAAGAACAAUAUCAUCUAAUGGUACUAUAAUGACAGAAACUUGUGCAAAGUGUCCUGCUAAUAACAAAGUUUCUACUUACGGUGAUACUUGCAUACCGUGUCUUAACACAGACGAUAACUGUGAAUGUCAGGAUGAUGAAACAUGUAAAAAAGUUGAAGAGAAUAAAAUGUUUGUAAUGAUUGAACUUGAAAAUGGAUCACAGGAAAGUUCCACCUAUAUAGCCAAGAAUAUCAGAAGAGUGACAAAAGGUUGUUCAAAUGGCAAUACACAAGCUUGUCAGCAUUUAGCAAACAUUUGUGUACUUCAAAAUUAUCGCAUGCAAACAGCUUCGGCAUGUACGGAAUUCGAAAAAAUUGCUAAUUCUAUCAUUUAUAAACGGAAUAAUGGAUUAUUAACUACACCAAUCUUAUUUUAUCACAAUAGCGAAGCAUCGAUUGAACUAUCACGUGAAACUGCUAUAUCAGCAAGUUUCAGUUUCAACAUAAAUCAUCCAAAUUCAUUUUUAGAAAUUAUUCUAAUUCAAUAUGCUCUAAAUGGUACCUUCAUUGGAAUGAAAACACUGAGUGAAAGUAAUCUGAAUAUUUGCUCACAACAAAAGAAUAAAUUUCACUUUGGAACAUUUUAUCAAAUGCAAUGUUUCAUUCAACUUCAACAUUUACUGCAUCUUUCUGGUGGCCAACCUAUUUUUAGUGAUUUAUUUAUUGCAUUCUUGAAUAAAUCUGCUCAAAAACAAAUGUAUGCUGUACCAAUUUUAAAUGAAAAUAUACGAUUACAUGGUGAAUUUGUAAAUCGUUUAACGCCAGAUGAAUUUUCUAAUUCAAAAUGGAUCCUCACUCGACGAUUAUAUUUUGUUGAUUCAAUUUCGCUGGACACUGCACAAAAUUCAGCUAUUAUUCGUUAUCCGGAAAAAAUCGAUAUUAGAGUACAAAUACAGUCUCAAAAAAAUGGCCAAAUAAUGCCUCCAUAUGUACGAAUCCGACAUGCCGAAAUACAGCGUAAUCCGGAAAAGCAACUUUUGGUACAAUUUGCUAUUACUUAUCAUACGAAUGAAUCACAAUUCUUCCAAUACAUCGAAAUUGCACUAUUCGCCUUGGCCGUCUUAUCAUUCAUUUUUGCUGCUAUACGAGCUUACAGUUGGGGAAAACGUUCUGGAAAAAUGAUUAUCGAUGGUGCUACGCUUAUCAAACUAAUAUUAUUUGAAUGUGAAAUUUUAAGCGAUGUAUUUUUAUUUGUUAUUUUAACACCAACUCUAUUCACUGUUUUUGCAUAUAAAAUGCAACAAAUACCACAAUAUGUAAUAUUUAACAGCAAACAGGAAGAGAUAUUACUAAAAUACAUAUUAGUAACAACGGUACUUAAAUUGAUCACUUUACUACACUGCAAUGCUCAUUUAAUUCUUACCAAAACAUUCUUCAUCGACUGGGAACGACCUCAUGUGACCUUUAAAACAAACAACAAAGCACCUGUCUCAUCUGAUGUCAGAGAGGAUGUGGACAUCACUCAACCUGUUAUAUGGCGAACAUAUCUCGUAGCAAAUGAAUGGAACGAAUUACAAGAUUAUCGUAAAACUAGUGUCGGUUUACAGAUGAUCACUAUGAUUGCACUACUCAAUUGGUUAAAACUUGAAAAUUGGGCAGCUAUUACACCUGGAUUAAGUACUAAUAUUCCAGCAUCCACAAAGAGUACAACAUUAAGUGAAUUGGCUAUUAUCAGUAGUAUAUACUUAACAGUAUCAGUAAUUCAAUGGAUUUUUCGUGUUACAAUUGUUGAACAACUCUUUCUUGAUCCAUUUCACAAUAUGAUCGAUCUCUGUUCUAUUUCAAAUAUUAGCGUUCUUGCGCUUACGCAUCCAUUGCAUGGAUACUACAUACACGGACGUUCGGUGCAUGAUCAAGCUGAUACUGAUAUGAUUAAAAUGAAUCAGUAUUUACAUAGAGAGCGAGAAAAUUUAUGUGGUACACGUGGUUUGGAAGCAGGUAGUGGUCUUCAGACUUACAUCGUUAAUUUACCAAAAGCAUUUCGUGAACAAUUUGAUGCUGCAUCACAGGUAUUGGAAAAUGAUAUAGAACAAUUGGAUAAGCUUACCGCUGAUCAUUUUGAUGCUACAACAACUAAUAUACAAAAAAUUGCUAAGGGACAUGAACAGUUAAAUAAUUUUUUAAUAAAAUUUAUUGAACAUAAUAAUCCACAAGCGGAUUAUAUUAUUAACGACACAUCGUUACCUGAAUUGUUAUGUGAUAUCGAAUUCACUGAUUCAUCGCAUGUGGGCAAUUUUAUAAGAGAUAAAUCAGAAAUAGCGUACAGUGCAGCGUUUAUUUAUGGAAACGAAUGGGUUUAUUUGUCGUUUGAAUUAUCACUAUUUUGUAGUGUGUAUAUCUUCACAAGAAGUUAUACAUGUUCAGCUUUUAUCACUUAUAUCAUAUCAGUUAUUAGCCGAAAACUUGUCUCAACUUUUUUCACUAAUCAUCUAAUUAAAAGUAGUUUUGUUGAUCAUCGAUUCUUAUUUUGA